ACUAAAUCAUUUUAGUAUAUAAUUAAUACUGUUUUGAAUAUUUUUCUUUUAUGUGAUAUUUAUCAUAAUUUUGUUUUUUGUAUUACACUUUUGUGAAUAUAGAUUUAGAUAAGGAUUCGAUUAAAAGUUUUUUUUGUGAAUUUGCUGAAAAAACUUGUUAAAAAUGAAAAAUUAAAAGAAAAGAAUGGUUCAAUAUCUUUAGAGUUUAAUGAGACUAGGUAACAAAGUUUCCUAUAUCCAUUUUUUCAGGAGUAUAUUUAAGAUGCUACUCGCACAGAACAUCAAAUUUGAGCAAAAUCAUUCAUAGAUUCAUGUUGAAAAAACAUAAUCACAUUAUGGCCAUCAAUUAAAAUCUCAUAGAAUUAGAUCUUACUUUUAACACCAUAACAAACUGAUAAGAGUAAGAACACUUUUCUAAAAGUAUAUACUAAAUGUCAAAAAGAUACCUAAACUUAUAUAAAAAAAUAAAUUAAUAUAAAUUAUUAAACUAAUAUAUAGCAUAAUUGUUAAUAUCUUAAUUUUACAUAUAUUUUCCUGAUUUUUCCAUAUCCUUCUCGUUCUUCUAAAAUUUCCAAAUCCUUUUUGAUAUGUUUCCAUAAUCCUAAUACUAUCAAAUAAAAAAAGCUAAGGAUCAUUGCGAGGUGAAGGAAGGAAGGAGGAGAUGACGAAACCAAAGAGAGACGAACUGAAUCAAAUCCUUUCUAGUUAUUUCGAUACCAUUAACGAUACUCUCCAGUUGUUCGAGCACUCUCCGCCUCCGACACAAGUCAAAAUAAACUGGAACGAUGUACUUCAGAUGUCUGAUCACCUCUCCAGACAAGCCACCAUAGUCGGAAUGCUAUGGACUGGAGAACCUCCAAAAGCUGAAGCAUUGAAAGAGACAAUGGAGUCAUACUACAACGCGCUUCAAGGGUUUUUGUUGCUUUGCCAUGGAAGCAUGGUUGGUGCUGUUCCUACACUUUCUUCAUCCAUACAAGCCUCUGUGAAGCAGAUUGUUGAUUCCAGCUUCAAGUUGUUGCAUGGUUCUGUCUCCUUAUACGGAGGUGAGAAAGACAGGAAGCCGUCAAUACCGCAGCUAACAGGAGCAGUGUGGGAGGCAUGCUGUAACUUAAAGAAGGUUCCUACAACAAACAUCAAAGCCAUUGGCCGUGCAAUGACACAGGUUGCUGUUUCCGUGAAGGAUGUACUUAGGGAGAUGCAAGAACUUAAGCCAGCUUCAGCUUGUUCGUCACCCGAGCAUGAUGUUUCUGGAAACUCAGAUGAAGAUGAUGACGAUUUAGGCGAUGACUUGUCACCUGGAGAGCUAGAAGUUGCUGCAUUGGUAGCUGAUGUUGUGUCUGAGACCCUCAUAGUGGUGAAAGAACUCAUUCGGGCUAUUGCAAGCAUGAUUAAGCUAGAGAAUCCAGAGGACAAGGGUGACUUUGUGGACUCGUUUGAGAAGCUACUCAAGUUAUGUCAAGGAACAGGAGAACAGAUUGAUGAGCUUGGAGCCUGUGUGUAUCCCCCACAGGAGCUGAGUCUCAUUAAACAAAUAUUGGAGAGAAUAAACGGAUACAUAGGUGAGGUUGAGGCUGAUGUCAAGGGUUUCAUGAACUCCUCUUCAUCAGAAGCUUUCUUGGGAGCAUGCAGAAGGGUCCAGAGUGUGAUUGAACAUAUGGAGAACGGACUGGACACGAGAAUUGAAGCUGAAGUAGUUUGCAAUAUGCACAAUGUUACUCUUUAACACUCAAGUUUCUUACUUAGCUUUCUGCAUGUGCACCGGUGACAGUUAUAUGAAAUGAAGCUGUUGCAUAUAUAUCUUGUUAACUAAUACAUACUAAAUCUCAGUGUUCUAAAAAUUGAUCUCUGGGGCAAAUCAGGUUUAAGUGGAAUGAUUUUACUAAAGCCCUGUUCGUUUGGUUGCCGCAGGUUUCGACGGCAGCGGCAGCGGCAGCGUCAGCGGCGGCGGCAGCGUCAAUGAGGACAGUUGUUGUUCGUUUCGCAGACGCUGACGCUGCCGCUGCCGCAUAUCAUAUCGCGACCGCAGGUUUUAUCGGCGUCAGCCGCAGGACGCAGCGUUCGGACGCUGCCGCUGCCGCCGGUUCCUGCGUCAACGAAACGAACAAGAGUUGACGCAGAAUGUUGACGCUGCCGCUGCCGCCGGUACCUGCGGCAACCAAACGAACAGCCCUUAAGACGGUUUUUCUUCUUCUAAAAUAGGCAUAGGCAUUCAAAAAAAUCGGUGUAGGCGGCUGCUUAAACAAAAAUCAUCUAUAAAGUAUUUAAGCACUGCCUAUCGGUUUCUUGAACAUUGCUAAGUCCUAUUUCAGAAUGAAAUAUAACAAUGAUUCUCUGAGAGGAGAUCUAAAAGAAACAGCUCAAGAAUCUAAAAACUCAGAGAGUUUUUUCCUACAAUGCAUGAGUGAGCUCAAGAGUAUCUGUAGAAGCCUCUCUACAUACAGGAUACAAAUGGAUUCUAUCAGACGAAGCAUUCCUCUCUUUCGAAUCAAUCUCAUAAAUGCAUUUCCAGACAGCACUAUUAGCCUUAAACCCACUUCCAAACCCAAUCAGCCACACAUUUCCAGACAGCACUAUUAGCAUUCCUCUCUUUCGAAUCAAUCUCAUAAAUGAUUUUUGUUCGUUUUUGCAUAAUUUCUUUUUGUUAAAUAUUUAAUUUUUAUUUACACUUUCUGUAUAAUGUUUAUCAAACUACAUAAAUAAAAAUAUACUAACUUUAAUCAAACCUAAUAUACCACUAAAAAUCCGUUAAGGCUUAAUAUUACUAUAUUUAUAUUUCUUUAU